AUGCAAGCUGAACCUCAGCUCGCCAGCGUGUCACCCUCACCGUCCCAAGACGAAGUUGGGGGUGGAUGCCUAAAGGGGCUCGUAGAUGACGACACUUUGAUGGCAUCUAGCCAUGAAAACGAUUCAGAUGACAGCAACAGUCUAAGUGGAAACGAGGCAGAGGGCGGUAACCGUAGGAAGAACGAGGGAUUUCGGUUUCGAGUGAGAGGCAUCAAGCGGUUGAUGAAAACCUUGAUGAAGCGUCAUGGUGGAUCAACUAGACACCCUCGUGUCAAUAAGAUGAUACAAAAGCUAGAGAAGAUGAAUCCUACCCAUCAGCCGGCUAAGUCUAACUUGCUUAUUGGUGACUUCAUAGCUCACUCAUCACCAGACUUUCCAGGGCGUAUCCGCCCUCGUCGUUCUUCCAAACGGGGCAACGACCAAGGCGGAGACGAUGAUCAAGUGGUUCAAUACGCUUUGGGGCGUCUCUCUUUUGGAAUCUUCGAGCCACAUAACUUGGUUUGCACCGUUCGGGCGGUCCGCAACUCCAUUCAAGUCUGCGACGAUGAAGAACUAUUGCGUAAGGAGAUCUAUGGCUCUGACGGGUCUGACGAGGAGAUACGGAGCUUCUUCUAUCCCAUCAUAAUUGAUCUUACCAUCCACACGCCACAAGGUAUUGACCUUCAUGCUGAAAUGAGACACGAUGCUCUAUGUCAUGAGAUUCCAGGCAACGACAAGCGCUUGGGUGUCACUUUCCUAGGUGGAAGUCUCAGGCCGGUUCACUCUGUGUUGGACAAUCCCGAGCUUAUGGCCGUUUGGAAGGAAACAUUCGCCAAUGCAUACAAGAAAGCCGACGAAGAACGAUCAUACGUGAGUAGUAUACUGCGGUUUAUGGUCAAGUGGUGGCUGCAGCUGUCAUUGCCAUCAGAUGAAGACGCUGAAAAGAAUGCAAUGCACUGCGUUCGGUACGAAAUGAAGCGGCGACCCAAAGGCCAUUUAGAUGUACUCUAUCUGGACGAAGAGUUGAGGGUUACCCGAGGAAAUCGAGGGACACUUAUUGUUGUCGAAAGGUUGCCCUACAACCACGAUGUUGAAGGCCCCCCUCCAAACUCGUCCCUGUCCAACUCGCCACCGUUCCUCCAUACGGAGUAG